AUGGAAUCCAUAUUGGCGCGAGCUUUGGAGUACACUUUGAAGUAUUGGCUGAAAUCAUUUUCGAGAGAUCAGUUCAAAUUGCAAGGCCGAACUGUCCAACUAUCCAAUUUAGACAUAGAUGGCGAUGCUUUGCACGCUAGUGUUGGAUUCCCACCGGCAUUGAAUGUCACUACGGCAAAAGUGGGAAAAUUGGAGAUUAUUCUUCCAUCUGUGAGUAAUGUACAAGUAGAACCCAUCGUGGUGCAAAUUGAUAGGCUCGAUUUGGUUCUGGAGGAGAAUGACAAUAUAGAUGAAUCUACAAGCUCCAGCAGUGCUCAAACAUCUGCCAGCUCGGCAAAGGGCAGUGGUUAUGGAUUUGCAGACAAGAUUGCUGAUGGAAUGACACUGGAAGUUGGUACCGUAAAUCUUUUAGUUGAAACACAUGGGGGUGCUCGACGUCAAGGUGGAGCUACUUGGGCUCCGCCCAUGGCCUCAAUAACCAUCCGCAAUCUUCUACUCUAUACAACAAAUGAAGACUGGCAGGUGGUAAAUCUUAAGGAGGCACGGGAUUUUUCCAAUAACAAGGGUUCGAUUUAUGUAUUCAAGAAACUCGAAUGGGAAUUUCUAUCUAUCGACCUCUUGCCUCAUCCUGAUAUGUUUUUGGAUGCUCAUAUGGCAUCCUCUCAGGAAGGUUCUAGUAGGAAAGAUGCUGAUGGUGCAAAACGAGCAUUCUUUGGUGGCGAACGCUUUAUUGAAGGAAUAUCAGGAGAGGCUUAUAUAACAAUCCAACGGACAGAACUGAAUAGUCCUCUAGGGCUUGAGGUUCAAUUACACGUUUCUGAAGUUGUUUGCCCUGCUUUCAGUGAACCAGGAUUACGGGCUCUGCUCCGGUUCUUCACGGGAUUUUAUGGCUGUUUAAACAGGGGGGAUGUGAACCCAAAUGGUCAGCGCUCUACAGAAGCGGCAGGACGUUCUUUGGUUUCUAUAAUCAUUGAUCAUAUUUUUCUCUGCAUCAAGGAUGCUGAAUUCCAGCUUGAGCUGUUAAUGCAGUCACUUUUCUUUUCUCGGGCUAGCAUUUCUGAUGGAGAAAAGUGUAGAAACUUGACUCAGGUUAUGGUUGGUGGAUUUUUUUUGAGAGAUACAUUUUCGCGCCCUCCAUGUACCCUGGUGCAACCGUCCGUGCACAUUUCUUCAGAUGAUGUCUUGCAUAUUCCCGAUUUUGCUAAGAGUUUCUGCCCCCCAAUUUAUCCUCUGGGAGAUGAUCGGUGGCGGUUAAAUGUUGGUGUCCCUUUAAUAUGUCUCCACAGCCUUCAGAUCCAACCCUCUCCAGCCCCACCAGAUUUGGCAUCUCAAACGGUUGUUGAAUGCCAGCCUCUGAUGAUCUACCUUCAAGAAGAGUCCUGUCUGAGAAUAACUUCCCUCUUAGUUGAUGGAGUCACGGCAGGUCCUGGUUCUGUGCUAUCGGAGUCCUCAAUUAGUUCAAUGUUAUUCAGUCUCAAAGGAUUAGAUGUUACAGUUCCUCUUGAUAAUGGAAUUCCAAAAUAUGAUUCUGGAAGUUCUGUUACGAGUUCAAAAGGAUCCUUUACUGGAGCAACUCUUCAUAUUGAAAAUUUGUUCUUUUCUGACUCACCUUCACUAAAACUCAAGUUAUUAAACCUAGAGAAAGAUCCUGCAUGCUUCUGUCUUUGGGAAGGUCAACCUAUUGACGCUAGUCAGAAAAAGUGGACAAGUGGGGCUAGUCUCAUUAGUUUAUGUUUGGAAACCAGCAGCGAUUCUGCUGGAGCAUCUUCAGGCUUGUGGACAUGUGUUGAACUAAAAGAGGUUUGCCUUGAAGUAGCUAUGGCAACUGUUGAUGGAAAACCGUUAACACAUAUUCCACCCCCAGGAGGUAUUGUCAGAGUUGGAGUUGCUUGCGACCAAUUUUUGUCUAACACUUCAGUUGAACAACUAUUCUUUGUGCUGGAACUCUACACAUAUUUUGGCCAGGUUAGUGAAAAGAUUAGCAUAGUUGGGAAAAGAAAGCAAAUUUUGGAAGUGCGAGAUGAAUCCUUAGGUGUAGCACUUAUUGACAAGGUUCCUGGUGAUACUGCUGUAAGCAUAUCCUUGAAGAGCUUGCAGCUGAGGUUUCUGGAAACUGUUUGCACAGACAGUGGACGACUACCUUUGGUUCAAUUUGUUGGUGAAGAUUUAUAUGUUAAAGUCAAUCACAGGACCUUGGGUGGUGCCAUGAUGAUCUCCUCUAUAGUGCAAUGGGAAAGUGUUGAGGUUGAUUGUGCAGAUACUCCGAGUAUGUUGUCUGAUGAGAAUGUAUCGUUGCUGACAUCUAAUGAAAAUAUGAUGGUGUCCGGAAAUGGCAGCCCUCAAUUGAGAGCUGUCUUCUGGGUGCAAAGGGGGAAGAGUUGUCAUGCUAAUUCCCAGGCAGUUUCUGUUCCAUUUUUGAACGUAAGGGUGGUCCAUGUGAUUCCAUAUGAUGUGCAGGACGUGGAAUGUCAUAGUUUAAAUGUGUCAGCUUGUGUUGGCGGUGUUCGCCUGGGAGGAGGAAUGGGCUAUGCUGAAUCUCUUCUUCAUAGAUUUGGAAUUCUCGGGCCAGAUGGUGGUCCUGGGGUUGGUCUUACUAAAGGGUUGGAGCAAUUGGCUGCUGGGCCUCUGUCUAAACUUUUCAAACCAUCACCUUUUGUGGAUGAGUUCAGCGGCAGCAUCAAUAAUGCAAAAUUUGAAGAUAAAAUGGAUAGCAGUCCCUUGCAGCUUGGUACUCCUGAUGAUGUAGAUGUAGUGAUAGAGUUGAAAGAUUGGUUAUUUGCUCUUGAAGGUGAAGACAAGAUGGCAGAAAGAUGGCAGAUCAAUUCUAAUGGUACUGACCGAGAAAAGUUGUGCUGGCAUACCACUUUCCAAAACAUGAUAUUCAAAGGAAAAAGUAGUCCAAAGAGUGUGAAAACUCACGAGAGAUCUAAAGGAAUUCGAAAGUAUCCUGUUGAGUUUGUCACGGUUGGUCUGGAAGGUUUUGAAAUCUUGAAGCCUCUAGUUAAUGAAGGCAUCCUGGAAAAUGGUGCAGUUGAGAGAAGGAGAAAACAAAAUAUUGAGACAUGUGGAGUAAAUGCUGAAGUUGACAUAGGAGCUCCUAAAGAUGAUGUCGAUGGUGGGGGAGCCAACUGGAUUGUAAAUAAUUUGAAGUUCUCUGUCAAACAGCCGAUUGAGGCAGUUGUGACAAAGGACGAGUUGCAUUAUCUUGUUCGUCUGUUGAAGACUGAAGUUGAGUCUAUGGGUAGAAUUGCUGCUGGACUCCUGAGGGUGCUUAAACUUGAGGGAUCUAUUGGCCCUGCAGCAAUCAAUCAACUGAGUAAUUUAGGAGUUGAAGGUUUUGACAAAAUUUUGAACCCAGAUAAGUCAAGCGAUAAUCCGAGCUGCAAUGGUUUCAAUUCAUUCACCGGAACAAAUGGAGGAGUCCAUAGUUUGCGUUUAGAGGAAACAGUUUCUUCUCUUGAGGAAAUGAUCUUGGAUUCGCAAGCUAAGUGUGCUGCUCUCACUUCAGAAAUCGGCAGUCCUGAAUUUUCCGCUGAGAAUCUUGAUAAUGUUAAACAAUUGAGUCAGAAACUCGAAAGCAUGCAGAAAUUGUUGAUACAGUUGCGGACUCAAAUUUAA